AUGUCCCUCUCUCCUUACGAUGAGAAACCCGAUAUCCUCCACGAGGACAGCCCGCCGCGGAAGCCGGCCGUGCAGACCCUCGAGAUGAUGCUUAUAGCAAAGUUCAAAUGGGCCUUUGCGCUUUGCUUCAUGGCGACAUUUGCCGGUGCUACUGACGGUUAUCAAAUCGGUAUCAACGGUAAUAUCAUCGCAAACCCGGGUUUUAUCAAGCAAUUUGCUACUGUGAUAGAUAGCAAUGGGGAUCCCGCAUUGUCAGCCCCGGUCCUUUCUGCGAUUGGUACGAUCCAGUCCGUAGGUCAAAUUAUAGGUAUGACUUCGGUGCCCUUCCUUGCCUCGAGAUAUGGUAGAAAGCCUGCAAUGUUUCUGCUGUGGUUUGUCCUGGCCUGCUCCGUCAUCUGCGAAUCCACUGCCAAAAAAUGGCAGGUCUGGCUCGUUGCCAAGCUCUUGUCUGGUAUUGGAGUGGGCAGUCUUCAGUUCAUCACUCCCACCUACGUGUCCGAGGUCGCCCCGACUAGAGUCCGGGGUUUCCUUUUGAUGAUGUACAACUUCUGGUUCUCUGUCGGAGGCUUCUUCGCUCCGGUCGCUUUGCAAGUCAUGUCUACCUAUGCCCCCGAGAACUUUAGAACUCCAAUCUAUACACAGUGGUCUCAAAUCGGAAUCAUGCUCAUCAUUUAUAUCUUCCUUCCCGAGUCCCCAAUGUGGUGUGCUUCCCGAGGACUUGAGGAGCGAGCCAAAAACACCAUGCGUCGAAUCUAUCGGGGUGUAGAAGGUUUCGACGUUGACGAGCAAUAUCAAGCCCUCGCUUUGACAAUCGCUCACGAAAAAGAAGUAGCCAUGGCCACCGGAAAGGAUAAGUGGUAUGCCAUUUUCCAAGGACAUAACCUCCGUCGAACGUUGGCUAGUACCUGGGCUUUGAGUGCUCAACAGGUCCUCGGUUUGACCCUAUUCUACACAUAUUCGAGUUACUUCUUCAAGACGGCUGGACUUUCCGAUCCCUUCGCUAUCACCUGCAUCACCAAUGGUUUACAACUUGCCAUUAUACUAAUCGUUGCUGUUUCCGUUGACUACGUUGGAAGAAGGAACAUCUGUUGCGGUGGUUUAACUACUAUGCUUAUCGCUGUCACGCUAAUUGGUGUCCUCGGCGUCACCCCGAAAAGUAAUGCAUCCGACAAGCUUCUGGUAUUCUUCUCUUGUAUCUUCAUUGUUGGUCUGCAAUGUUCCGGAUCGACAGGAUGGGGAUUUGUCGGCGAACUGUCUUCACAGCGCCUUCGUGCCUACACAGCAGGAUUCGCUGCCGCCAUCUCAUGUGUUGGAGGUGUUAUCAUGAAUGUUCUAGUUCCCUACAUGCUGAACACCACCGCUUGGAAUUGGGGCUUGAAGACCGCGUUCUUCUACACUGGUCUCGGUGCUCCAGCCGCCAUUGGCGCUUGGUUCAUCAUCCCUGAACCUAAAGGUCUCACGGCUGCGGAGCUCGAUGAGUUGUUCGAGGCGGGAGUCAAGCCCUGGCGAUUCCACAAGACGAAAACAGCCUUACAACGACAGAUUGAGGGGCAAGAGGCACGAACUUAA